AUGUAUGUUUUUGUUCCGGGAAGGGGGUGUGCGUUGGUGCACGCAGUGGCUGUGCUCUUCUCUCUAGCGGGAUCGCUGCUGUUGACAACGCCCCUCCUAACAGCUUGUUACCUUAAAAUCGAACAUGGCAGCUUGCCCUUGGGUGAGAGUUUGAGCAGAGGAAAGGUGAAAGCUCCCCUGACACUAGCUAAAUAUGAAACUGCGUUCACUUCCACCGGAUACGCUGCAUUUGAGCGGUUUGCUUUCGUACCCCUCACGAAAGAGAAGCUCGCUGUCAUGUAUAAUUGGUGUCCGGAGCAGGAACGAUAUAAUAAUACCUACGUGGGAACCGAGCCUCUCUUUCUUUCUUGUCGAGUACGUGUAGAGUUCUUCACCUAUAAGGGCGAGCGAGCUCAGCAAGAGUACUAUGUCGGUAGCACGCUGCAUUCUCGUUCCGCUUUCACAUAUGCAAACUUCGCCAAGUAUCCGGAACUGAAAGCGCUCGGAUUCUGGGUCCACGGCCCACACGAGGGCGCGAAUUCGAACAAAGUGGUGAUUGCUUUCUGGACAGCUCGGUGCAAAUCUCCACAAGAGGCGCGCGUGUGCACGGGCUCCAGCUCGUGUACAGUAAACCUGAAAAAAUCUGUAGAUACCGCCAACGUUUCUUGCCUCGCUCAACUGUACGGCGCCCAUUCAGUCACAGUGCCCAAGGGAGAACGCAUGUGCUCUGGAGACACACCCUGGGCUCAUGGCUCGGCAGACUGCUACCACUACGAGCUGCCUAAUGCGGCACAGGCAGUGCGGAGUGAGGAAUCUGGAUGGCAAAAAGAUUCCUCGGGCAGGGGCCAUGGCUACCGACUGGGUUCUCCAGAGGACGUCGCCCAGCAUGGCGGUAGGUACGGGUCGGUCUUUAUCGUUAGGAUUCCCCCUGGAGACGGGCAAACGCCGGAGUGGGAAACUCUCGUUGCGAGUGAUGUGUAUCUCGACUACGGCCACGGCCAAGCCAACGCACUCUGGGCAGACGCGGGUGGAGGAACUGCGACUGAAGCUCGCUACGCAGUCACUUUCUACACACAUCAGUGGGAUCUGGUUGGCGACAAGCCCGUUCUGUGGCCGCAGUGUCUCACCCAGCUGAUAGCGGAUGACGGCAGCCUUGUCCAGAACAACGGUCUGUUAAACAAGAAGUGUUCCAGCUGCUCGUCGCCACCCAUGAGCCGCGUCCACCCCAAGACGCGGAAAUGGGCCAGCGUCUGUACGAGCGAUAAACCCGACGCUCCGGGUGUCUUCAUCAACGACGUGCUGGCUGUCGAUUCCAAGGCAGUCCUCCCGACGGCCGGUACACCCCUGCAGACGCCGUCAAGCGUCGCAGUGGACUCACGUGCUCAAAUCGUACCACUUGGAGAACAAGGUGAUUGGCUGCUGUUCUGGAGAAGGUCCAUACUGACGCAAACGCGCCUCGCUGAAGGCGUCCCUUUCUGGGGACAGAUUCAGGAGGCGAAGCUCAUGGUGGCGAAGUGGACUAUCAACGGAAAAGGGACCUUGACUUCGAUCAAAGAAAUGUCCGGUGGGCAAAGUGUCCUGGAAUAUUCGGAACCCCGAAUCAGUCCUCUUGGACCCCAGAAUAGCUUCUUGGUGGGUUACAGCGGCGCGCUGCGCCGGACGACGACUCUUGCGAGUAUUUCGGAAGGAGAGGUUGACGGAUCAACGACUUUCACCAUGGAACGGAUCCUCGGGAGUGUUCUCAAUAACGGGGCUUUCACUACAGACUGGUUACCGCUUCCGGACGAAUCUGUUUUCUGGGUCACUCGGUUCUCCAGAGGGAAUGAUUCCGGGGGGCACGAAACCCUCUGGCCCAACGGCUCGUCCCCCGCCAUCAAGCUACAGUUCGUUCGCGUCUACAAAACUACAGAAGACCCAUCAUGCGCUGUCAAAGUGUACGAAGGCGUCGCUACUGUCCAGGACUCGUCGGUUGGACAGCAAAAUGCCCUUCGGGUCUCGGAUGGCGAUGUGAAGACAUUCGCCCAGUUCGAAGCUCGCCCCACUGCCUUUACUUUGGAACUGAAGGAGGCGAGCGACGUUUGGGAAGUGUCUCUCGCAUUUCUCGUGAAGCCGGGGGACUGGGACACAGGCGCUCGGUUCACGUGUGUCACAUAUGAUCGACAGCAGAAUGCUUUGGCAUCUCGGGAAGGAUUCCUUGGCAGAAUUCCUCCCGCCAAUAUCCUGGAGCCCCUAGAGAACUGGGCGGUGUCUUUAUGGACCUGGCAACACAUAAGACUGUUCGGUGUGCAAACACUGGAGUGCUGGGCACAUGUCAGCUCAGUAGAUCGCGAGAUUAUCUUGGCUGAAGCGGAACUCAUAGGCAAGGCCUCUGGUUCCUGUCCGCCUGAGGGCUUCUUCGGUCUCUCGGCGUGUCGCUCCGAGACUGCGAGGCUCGUUUUCGACGUCGCGACGCUCGACUGCCAGGGGAACUGGAGUGAAUGGAGUCUCUGUGACGCCAACUGUCUCUCGACCCGAAUGUUUACAAAGACGCGGGAAGCCCAGUGGGGAGGCAGGCCUUGCGAGAUGAUACAGAGAAAACCAUGUGGCGAGGGGCCCUUUUGCCCAUCCAGAUCCGACUCUGAAAGGACCGAGGCUCUGAUCGAUCAGCGUCGAUCGUGUGUUUUCAAAGAAGGACCGUGGUCUGAAUGUCUCCAUUGUCGCCAACUUCGGCGACGCCAGAUUUUGAGAGAGGCUGCUGGCCCCGGAGUCGAUCCCUGCCCCGACGUCCUUGAGAUGCAGUUUUGCAAUGAAACGUGCCGUCUUCAGUAUGAUUUUGCGUACACCGCAAGUUCCACUUAUCCUCCAAUCACCACUCUCCCUGCUCGACUCUUUACUGUCGUCGCGCUCACCACGACACUUGCGCCUCUCUCGUGGCGUCGAUGGUUUACUGUCGAGCGGCUGACUACAGCAGCUUGGCUCCUAGUCGCUGCACUUCUCUUCUUGUUCCUGGGUCUCUGCAUUUUCUGCUCGUUUCGUAAGAACACACCUGAGACACCGGAGCCUCUAGAGUAUUCCCCAGAUGAAGAAAUUCCGCCUCCAGUCCCCACCCUCACUAGCAUGACACGCCGCACAACCGUUAGAAUUCAGUCUGCUGCGUCCACGAUGGCCAGCAUUGUUGCGGCCUCAGAGGACUCUGGUUCGCCUUCCGCGGACGACAAACAGUCCCGCAAAUCGCAUUCGCUAGCCGUUAACGGUCAGGCGAACCAGUCUAGGACAUCAAGGAGAGUCCUGUUCUACGACACACGAGAGUCUACUGCUGGCGGGUUCAGCGCAGAACGGGAGAAGGGUUGCAGGCCCACACCUGCAGCUGAUGGCAACGGCGAAGGAAGGGAAAGUCCUUUUGGAUUAGUGCCUGUCCGAUGUGAGACAGAGCUGCCGCAUGUCACCCAAAUUCUGCCAGGUCAAGAUCGCAGCAAACAGAAAAAUGUGGAGAUCUCGGAACUUACCGGUGUACGACAGGGCGGCGGGAACAGGCCAGCAUCACCCAUCGUUGGAUUGGCCGCGCCCACCUUCCAACACUCGGGUGUCGUUUUUUCGGCGCAUGUGAAUCCGACGGUACAGGCAGGGAACACGGUAUGA